AUGUCUUUGCGUGCUUCCCUUUUGCCCAAGUGGCAGCGAUCGCUUGGAACGGUCUACCGAUCAACAAAGUCCCUUCAACAUGGACUCGUGCCAUUGACGAGUUCACCGACACGCCAGUAUGCGACGCUCAUGGCAGACGGGCAGGGCCUGAGAGACGACAAGAGGGAGAAAGUGGUCAUCUUGGGUAGUGGUUGGGCAGGCUACGUUCUCUCCCGUCGCCUUGACACCCAAAAAUACCGAGUCGUCGUCAUCUCUCCUCGAUCCUACUUCGUCUUUACUCCCCUUCUCAACGAUACGACAGUCGGGACACUGGAAUUUCGAAAUGUCUUGGAGUCCGUCAGAAAAAGAAACAGUAAGGUGGAGUUUGUACAAGGAUGGGCAGACGAUGUCAAUUUCGCCGACAAGCUUGUCCUGGUGGAACCCUCUGUAUUGGAUCCUGACGUUGGGCAUGCCUUAACGGGGCCUCGAAAACCAAAUGAACAACAAACAACUAAUGGCUACUCAAAGGACCUGCAGCCGAGCGGCACGGGAACAACUAGCGGCUACACAAAGCACCUGCAGAUGGGUGGCACAGGAAAAGAUCAGGUCCCUACAUUUCCCAUUCACUACGACAAGUUGAUAAUUGCGGUGGGCACAUACAGUCAGACAUUCAACACCAAGGGCGUGAGAGAGAACGCCAUGUUUCUGAAAGAUGUCCGGGAUGCUGUGGCCAUAAGACGAAGGAUCUUAGAGCUGUUCGAACUUGCCCUGUUGCCCAUUAUCCCAGAAGAAACGAAGAAAUACCUCCUACACUUUGCCAUCGUCGGUGGGGGGCCGACGGGCAUGGAAUUCGCGGCCUGUCUGUCCGACCUUAUCAGGGACGAUAUUUCGCGAAUUUAUCCUCAACUACUCAAAUACAUUCGAAUCAGUCUCUAUGACGUGGCGCCCAAAGUGUUACCUAUGUUCGACGCUACCCUGGCCGACUAUGCGGUGAAGCAUUACAAACGACAGAACAUCGAAAUCAAGACCUCACAUCAGGUCGAAGAGCUCAGAAAAGGAUUUCCAAAUGACCCGGAGGCGGUGAAGAACCAGGAUAAGCAGGUCAAAGGUCGAGUCUACACGAUCAGGACCAAGCAAGAAGGCGAUGUCGGAAUAGGCAUGUGCGUGUGGAGCACUGGAGCGAUGAAAAAUCCCUUCGUAUCCAAGGCCCUGAAUCAUGUCCGUCGCUUCCCAACGCACUCGGCCCAUAUCACGCAGGGCGAAGUAACAGACCCGAUGCAGAGGCAGUGGAUUAUCCAGCGAGAUCCCAAGACGGGUGUAAUUCUCGUGGACGACCAUUUCCGAGUCAAUCUCACCACUCAGGCGGAGGAUGGCGGAGAGGACAACGUGCCCAAGGCGUACAUGAAGGAUGUCUUUGCACUGGGCGACACGACAAAACUCAUGUCCGGAAGCCUUCCCGCCACGGCACAAGUGGCCAACCAACAAGCCAACUGGCUCGGAAAGACGCUCAAUCGGCAUCCUGACCCCGAAUCCUAUGGUCAAGUACCGGGCUUCACGUUCAAAAAUCUCGGGGCCCUCACGUACCUGGGUGGUGCAAAGGCCGUGUUGCAAGGCGCUUCUUCCAAUGGAGGAGUUUCCAGGGGGCUCAAAGGUUGGAUUGCAUAUCUCGUUUGGCGUGGCGCGUAUCUCACUAUGACGUUGAGUUGGAGGAACAAGUUCCUAGUACCGGUGCAGUGGUUGACGGUGAAGAUCUUUGGACGAGAUAUGUCAAGGUUCUAA